CUGUGAAUGUGUGCCUUGCCGGAUAUACGGUUUUAAGAAGACAAAGGAGAGGUGGGGGUGGACAUCACGUGCUCAUUAUAAGACAGCCGAAACCCUCAAGGCCAAACAAAAGGCGUCAGCAGCGAUAUGUCGACCAUCAUAUCGUUAGUAUUUGAACCAAUAGAACUGUCGCUGAUGGCUCGCGCCAUGUGCUUGUGAAACAUUCAGUGUUCGCUUGCAGCUGGAGUUGGGAUAUUUGGGUGUUUCGGUUCCAGCCGGUUGGGAAUAUUUUUUUUUACCAACAAACAUGCGAAAAUGGUGGAAUUUGCCUAAUACUUUACAGUUUGAUACUCAAAUGGAAGACACCGGCUGCACCACUAAGUUGACAGGCAGUGGAAAAGAAAGUGCGAAUCCGGACUUCAACGACGAAUCUAAAUAUGGAUCUAUUGUUCAGCUAAGCCCAAGCCGGGCUGGCAACAGUUCGUGGUGGAAAAAGCGAAAUGACCGUAUUUUCCGUAGGAAGACUCUUUUGAUGCGAGUACCAAUCCUGCAGUGGCUACCAAAGUAUUCCUCUAAUGAUUUUGCUGCUGAUUUGAUAGCGGGUGUCACUAUCGGAAUCACAGUCAUCCCACAAGCACUUGCAUACGCGACGAUUGGAGGACUUCCUCCAGAGUAUGGACUGUAUUCUGCUUAUGUGGGCUGUUUCGUCUACGUUGUUUUAGGCAGUACACGAGUCGUUACGAUUGGACCUACGGCUCUUUUAGGUCUACUUACACACGACGGAGCCUUAUUGAUGGGCCCACAAGCGGCCGUGCUGUUAGCUUUUCUUACGGGUUGCAUUUCACUGCUAUUUGGAAUACUUAAUUUUGGUUUUCUCAUCGAGUUUAUCGCCGCGCCGGUUAUUGCUGGUUUCACAACAGCCGCUGCUUUAACCAUAGGCACCACGCAAGUCAAGUCUCUUUUAGGACUGAAAUUCGAAGCUGAUGGAUUCGUAGAGACUUGGAAAGCGGUGUUUGAGCACAUAGAUGAGACGAAAACGUGGGAUGCUGUAAUGGGAUUCUCAAGCGUUGCAGCUUUGCUUCUUCUCCGUUUGUUGGACAAGGUGAAAAUUGGUAUCGAAGACGAUCGCACCACUUUUCAGCGUUUCAUCAAUGGGACUUUCUGGUUGAUCUCUGUGUCCCGGAAUGCGAUUGUCAUCAUUAUUGGCUGCACUAUCGCAGCCGCAUUAAUAACGCCAGGUGAUGACGACACUCUUUUUGAAAUCACAGGGAACAUAACGAGUGGAUUGCCCUCUAUCCAACCGCCCUCGUUUAACAUAGAGUACGGCAACCAAACUUUCAGUUUCGUGGAAAUCUGUCAAAACCUUGGCUCUGCACUUUUUGUUACCCCUUUAAUUGCCAUCCUAGAAUCAAUGGCGAUCGCGAAAUCUUUUGCAAAAGGCCAACGAAUCGAUGCUAGUCAAGAAAUGAUAGCCAUUGGAACGAGCAAUUUAUUGGGCUCUUUUGUGUCUUCAUUCCCAGUAUCCGGAUCUUUCUCCCGCACUGCUGUCAAUAACGCUAGUGGCGUACGAACUGCGUUAGGCGGAAUUUACACUGGAAUUUUGGUUUUGCUCGCUAUAACUAUUUUGACACCAUAUUUUUUCUUUAUACCCAAGAGCUGCCUUGCAGCUGUGAUAAUCACGGCAGUAAUAUUCAUGGUUGAAAUCCAUUUAGUUAAACUUGUUUGGAAUUCUCGGAAGUUAGAUCUGAUUCCACUCUUUGUCACCUUUUCGUUCUGCCUUUUUCUCAGUCUGGAGAUUGGCAUCAUAAUUGGCACCGCAGUUAAUUUAGCAAUGCUUUUGUAUGCAACGGCUCGACCACGGAUUAAAAUUCUGACAUUUCAAAACACUUCGGCGACUGAUGCUCAUAUUCACUAUUUGCACAUCACACCGGACAGGAGCGUUGUAUUCACAGCAAUAGACUAUUUCAUGUCGACUGUUAGGAAAGCCUCCGUUUUAUACCCUGGAGUUCCAGUGGUGAUUGAUCUAAGCUACGUUUCAAUAGCUGACUUUUCUACUGCCUAUGGUUUUGACAAUUUGGCGGAAGACUUGCACAAACGCGGUCAUCCGCUUGUUAUUACUAAAGCGCAUCCGAGAGUCUUAACUAUUCUGGAAGGUGUACGAGGAACCAAACUUCAUGUGCAUAGAGAUGGAAUUGAAUUAGAUCGACUUCUACUAGAACUCUGGUCAACUUGUUCGAUUGCUAAAAACGAUAAACAAAACAAAGAAAGUGCUACAGUUCAAGUUCCAAUUAAUUCUGAGUAAUAGGUCUAGUUUAAAAAAUUUAUAUAAUUAUGAGUUUACGUCGGUCAUAUCUGAAUCUAUCGAAUGUAUUUUUUGUUAACGUGAUUUCUUACAGUACCGGAUUGCCAGAAUGAAGUUUAUUAUAAAUUUCAGAAGUAGCAAUCAAUCUUUUCUUUGUUUCAUGACUCACCAAGUCACCAAUAAACCAUUAAUUUUAAAGGU